GCAUGUCCGUCUAUCCCGGAUGUGAAAAAGUACCGUGUUUACAAGUUCUGAUUUUAGCGAGUAGUAGUUGCGCGUUCUGUCAUUCUACACACAACAGGAAAACGACUGUACAGAUUCUCUCGUCAUUCAUAAGAAAGCGACAGGUAAGUUUCUGUUAUUCAUAUACAGUACCAUUAAUUUAAUGAUUAAAUAUUAUUAGGUGAAUGACUAUGUAAUUCUUAGCAACUGUCGCGCUUGGCAGAAUUCAUUUCCUCCCUGUAGUGUUUCGUAAAUUUUCGUCCCCGUCAGAUAUCUCAGAUGUGGCAAAUUUUUAGUCUAUUCCAAACCAAUUAGGAAAAACCCAAUGUAAGGCUCUUUUGGGAUUUUCACUUGUUUGUUCAGGGUGUGUGUAUGUUGGGAGGGGGUGGGGGAUGAGGGGGCGGGUAUUUCCUGUCAAUUGUAUUCAGGGUUUCUGGAGCAGAUCUACAUUCUUUUGAGAUUGCUGAGUGUCUAUACUUUGAAAGGUAAGGGUAAAGGUAAGUUUUAUUUACCGUCACUUAGUGAAACAAUUAACAUAAACUCUAUAGAGCUUUUCUGCGACCCUAUAUUAAGAACAGUUAAAACCAGUUAUACCUCACCAGCAAUUUGCUGGUACCCAUUUACAGCUAGGUCGACUGAGGCAAUCGUGAUAAAGUGCCUUGCCCAAGGACACAUCGCAAUGGGAGUAGCGAGGAUUCGAACCAGGGGCCUUCACCUCCGUAGGAAAGCGUCUUAGCCCUCUCGACCAAUGCGUGGAGUAUAUUCAAAUUAAAAUGCCCCUAAGAGGAUGUCCAGAGGGUGUUUGGUUUGUCCGGUUGGGGUCUUCAAAGACAGGAAAGAGAUUAGUCCAAUAUAAGCAGUAAUAUUUUUCAAGAAAUAUAUAGAUCUAGAUACAGUUGUGCCCAGUUUGAGUGCAGUGUUCUCAGCUCUUUCGUUCAUAAAAAAAAUAUACACAACUGAAAACUUGGGUCACAAAAUUUGCUUAUCUACAAUCACGGUGGUAAUAUAUAACAUUUUUGUAGGAAACAGGAACCACUUACUGCUUGUUUGUAUUGGAUUUACUGCAGUUUUUCGUCAGAAUUUCAUCAGUUAUGUAACGGCGGGCGGUUAACCUUUUUUGUGUGUGGAAGCAGUGGUCGAGAGGGCUAACACGCUUUCCUACGGAGGUGAAGGCCCCUGGUUCGAAUCCUGGCUACUCCCAUUGCGGUGUGUCCUUGGGCAAGGCACUUUUCCAUGAUUGCCUCAGUCGACCCAGCUGUAAAUGGGUACCAGCAAAUUGCUGGGGGUAAGGUAUAAUUGGUUUUAAUUGUUCUUAAAAUAGGGUCGCUCAAAAGCUCUACAGAGCUUAUGUUAACUGUUACACAAAGCGACGGUAAAUAAGAUUUACCUUUAACUUUACCUUUACCAGUGUUCCUGGAUUCUGUACCAGUACAGACCUGUUCUCCGCAAGUAACUCACAAGUUCCCCACAUAAAUCAGAGGUGGAGCAUUAAUGAUUUCAGGCACAAUUCCAUGUAUCAACUAGUUACAGAGAACAUAUGCCCGCCUGAGAAUCAAACUCAUGACCCCACAAUCCUUAGACCAACACUACCUACUGAGCUAAGCGGGCGGGUAUACCACAACGCCAGACAACGACCAGUCACAUUAGUUCACCUUGAGCACAAACUGGUGUGUUUGAACAUGGCGGAUUUGUGUUCCGAUCAUGACAUAUUCGACCCACUGGAUGAUAGCAGUUGUGCACAAGAGAUUAAUUUCUCCUUUCUUGAAGAGACAGACUCUUCUUCUGAAUAUGAUGUAUGUGACAUAUCAGAGGAUGAAGAACAUCUUAAUUUUGAAAAGCAGUCUGGUGAUCGUAGGGGAAGACCAAAAGGAACUAAAAGAAAAGCAGAUUUCAGUGAACAAUGUCAACCAAGAAAAAAACAUCAGAAAGUACCAUUACAGCAGCUGAAUUGCUACGGAUGCUGUAUUCUACUUUGUAUGUCCUUGAUCCCAAUUGAGGACUUAGAGAGACUGAGGACAUUUACUGCAAACUUAUCUGUGACUGAACUGAGUAAUUGGGUGUUAGAUCUUCUAUGGCUGCACAAAAGUGAAAAUACCCAGUUUUGCUACAUGCUUGGUGAGUGGAGAAUGUGUACAGCAGCAUUUCUGCUGACUAUUGGAAUGCCCCUAACAACCUUCUAUUCCAUACGCAAGAAAUUCAAAGCCGGUGUGAAAGAAAUAGACAAGCGAGGUAAACCUGUAGGGAAAACAACACCAAAGGUACAAACAGCAACAGUUUGGUUGAUUGAGUAUGCAAAUAAAUAUGCGGACAAACUUCCCAAUUCAACCAAACUACAUUUACCAUCUUGCCUAACAAAAGACUCCAUAUACAACAUCAUGACAGAGGAAUUAGAGGAUAAAGAAGAGGAGAUAGUGUCUAAGAGCCACUUCUACUAUAUAUGGCGAACUUGCCUAAGUCAUAUUGCUAUUCCUCCAACUUCCAGGUUCUCUAAAUGUAACACAUGCAGCAAGAUAAAAACUCAACUAGGUGAGACAAAAGAUAAGACCAAGCGUAAACAGCUGAUCAGCCUCCGACAGAAACAUCUUAUGAAACAGAGGUACAUGUAACUAGUUUGCAAAAUUUCAAUUUAAACAAAAAUUAAGCACAAGUAAUUUUUUUGCUUGUCACCUGUUGCAGAGUUACACUCAGUUUUUUACAGUGACACCAGCUCAUCAAGAGAAAAUACAGUGACAAGGAACCAUGACCCCUAGGUGGUCAGAUUUUUACUUAUAUCCCUUUUUUGGAAAAAACAUAUUAACAACUUAACUUUUAUAAUACUAUACAUGUACUAUAUAUAUUGACUUGACAAUUAUUGAGCCGUGCCAUGAGAAAACCAAUAUAGUGGCUUUGCGACCAGCAUGGAUCCAGACCGGCCU